AAAAAAAAAAAAAACCAAACAUGGAAGUUACGCUGAUAUAGUAGCUUCAUUCGUCAUCGUCAAUCAUCAUCUGCGUUGUAAAGCGUGCCGUACAUUUCUCUCUCUCUCCCUCUCUCGCAUUUUCGUUUUCUCUUUCUCUUUCUUUUUCAUAUUCUCGAGAAACAAACAGAGAGAGAAAAAAAAGAAGAAGUGUUACGUGCCGACUUCAUUGAAAUCAAGAUCACCGGCUUGCAAUGGAUUCGAUCGCAGCUCAGCGUCGUCUCAAAGCCAUUCACGGCCAUCUCGCCGUCGACGGUGACUCUUUCCCUCAGCUCCGACCGAACCUCACCGCCGGCGAGUUUUUUAUCGAUCACGGGUACAGCGUUGUGCUUCCAGAGAAAUUGCAAACAGGGAAGUGGAAUGUGCACAGAUCAGCACAUUCUCCUUUGAAGCUUGUGAGUAGAUUCCAUGAUCAUCCUGAAAUUGGUACACUGCACGAUAAUUUUGUGCACGCUGUUGAAACUUUCCGAGAUUACAAAUAUCUGGGAACACGAAUUCGGGUUGAUGGAACGGUUGGAGAGUACAAAUGGAUGACUUAUGGAGAAGCAGCUACUGCUCGAUCAGAAAUAGGUUCUGGCCUAAUUUAUCAUGGGAUACCAAAGGGAUCUUGUAUUGGGUUAUACUUCAUCAACAGACCUGAGUGGCUUAUUGUUGAUCAUGCUUGUUCUGCAUAUUCUUCCAUAUCAGUUCCUUUAUAUGACACACUUGGUCCGGAUGCUGUCAAGUUCAUUGUAAAUCAUGCUUCUGUGCAAGUUAUAUUUUGUGUACCUCAGACAUUGAAUUCUUUGUUGAGCUUCUUGUCAGAUAUUCCAACAGUGCGUCUGAUUGUGGUUGUUGGAGGGAUUGAUGAUCAAAUUCCAUCGCUUCCAUCAACAACAGGAGUUCAGGUUGUAACAUAUUCAAAACUGCUUAGUCAGGGCCGCAGUAAUCUUCAGCCUUUUUGUCCUCCAAAACCUGAUGAUGUUGCAACCAUUUGCUACACAAGUGGUACAACUGGGACCCCAAAGGGAGCUAUUUUGACACAUGGAAAUUUGAUUGCAAAUGUUGCUGGGACCUCCCUCACUGUCAAAUUCUUAUCGUCAGAUGUUUACAUAUCAUAUCUUCCUUUGGCACAUAUAUAUGAGCGAGUUAACCAGAUCGCGACAGUAUAUAAUGGAGUUGCUGUUGGAUUUUACCAGGGGGAUAACAUGAAACUAAUGGAUGAUGUUGCUGCUCUAAGACCUACUAUCUUCAGCAGUGUUCCUAGACUGUAUAAUAGAAUAUAUGCUGGUAUUUUGAAUGCUGUGAAGACAUCCGGUGGGCUACGGGAGAGGCUCUUUAAUGCUGCCUACAAUGCUAAGAAACAAGCAAUAUUGAGUGGAAAGAAUGCAUCUCCCAUGUGGGACAAAUUGGUUUUCAAUAAGAUUAGGGAAAGGCUCGGAGGACGAGUUCGUUUCAUGACAUCAGGUGCCUCACCCUUGUCUCCCGAUGUCAUGGACUUUCUAAAGAUCUGCUUUGGUUGUCGAGUGUCUGAAGGAUAUGGCAUGACUGAAACUUCUUGUGUUAUAAGCGGUAUGGAUGAGGGUGACAAUUUAUCCGGCCAUGUUGGUUCUCCUAAUCCAGCUUGUGAAAUAAAGCUUGUGGAUGUCCCAGAAAUGAACUACACAUCUGACGACCAGCCCUAUCCUCGCGGUGAAAUCUGUGUUAGGGGUCCCAUUAUUUUCAAAGGUUAUUACAAAGAUGAAGUGCAGACGAAAGAAGUGGUUGAUGAAGACGAGUGGUUUCAUACUGGAGACAUAGGGAUGUGGUUACCUGAAGGUCGUUUAAAAAUUAUUGAUAGAAAGAAGAACAUUUUCAAGUUGGCACAGGGAGAGUACAUAGCUCCAGAGAAAAUUGAGAAUGUAUAUGCAAAGUGCAAAUUCAUUGCCCAGUGCUUUAUAUAUGGUGACAGCCUGAAUUCUUCUUUAGUUGCUGUUGUCUCAGUGGACCAAGAUGUUUUAAAAGCAUGGGCUGCUUCUGAAGGCAUUAAGUAUGAAGAUUUAGGGCAAUUGUGCAAUGAUCCCAGAGCAAGGGCUGCUGUCUUGGCUGAUAUGGAUGCCAUUGGGAGAGAAGCUCAGUUGAGAGGUUUUGAAUUUGCAAAAGCUGUGACUUUGGUGCAUGAACCAUUUACGCUGGAGAAUGGUCUGCUUACUCCUACCUUUAAGGUUAAGAGACCUCAAGCAAAGGAGUAUUUUGCAAAAGCAAUAGCUAAUAUGUAUGCAGAGCUGUCAAUGUCGGACCCCUCUCAAAAAGCACCGUGAAGUUAAGAGUUUGUAAAGAAGCAGGGAAUUAGAAAAUCAAGCCAAGUAUCCUCCAAGCAAUAAAGAGAUUCGUAGUUAUUACACGAUGGAAUGGUUGGCGCUGCCAUUAUCUACUGAAGCAUCUUGCGUCAUGAUUUUUUUUCUUUCUUACAAAAUAAAAUCAAAAUUAAUUUGUCAUGUUGUUCAUUGUAUCAGUGUAUUCUACAUUUUUUUUUCUCAAUAAGAAGCCAUAAUUUUGAGCGA